AUGCUACCGUAUGUUGUUGAUUCUUUUAAUGGUAAGAAUGGUACAGAAACUUAUCUUUGGUGGUGUAAAUUGGUAAAUUAUUCUGGUGAUGCUGGUUAUACACUCUUGGUUCUAGCACUUUGUUUAGGAUCCAUCGAUCGAUAUCACGCCACUAGUCGUAAUGCUCAACUUCGACAACGAAGUUCAAUGAAGGUGGCAACAAUUUCGGUCACAAUUAUUACAUUGAUAUCAUUUCUGUUAGCAAUUCCUGACUUACUUUAUUGGUACAUCGACAAUAGUUUCGGUUAUCCAAUAUGUAUUUAUGAUUCAACAUUCUACUUAAUAUAUAGUUCGUACUUUCUUGGUGUAUUUCUUAAUAUGUUCGCAUCUCUUAGUCUCCUGCUUAUAUUUGGUGUUCUUACAUAUUACAAUCUUAAAAGUGUUCAACAUGCUAGCGUUCGUAAUAGAACGGCUGCUGUCAACGUUGAUACAACAGCACAUACUGCUUCUAUGAAUACUGGUAUACCAAACAAUAAUAACGGUAAUCAUACUAUCAUACAACAAAAUGACACACAACAGUCAAUGAAGAUAAGCAAACAACGUAUUGAUACACAAUUUUCGGUGAUGUUAAUUUUGGAAAUAUUAUGCUAUGCUUUUGCAACUGUUCCCCAAUGCAUCCAGUUUAUCUACACACAAGCAACAGUGAACUACAUAAGAAGUGAUAUGAGCCAAGCAAUUAAAGGGUUCUUCGUAAAUUUAAUCUACGUUAUCAGUUGUACACCUUUAUGUACUAGUUUCUACAUUUACUAUUUUUCUUCUUCAACGUAUCGUCAAAAUAUUAAGAAGAUAUUAUGCAAGAAAAGACAAAUUUGGCCGAGACAUAAUUAA